AUGUUCUCUUUGGUCAUAACCUCCUGCUUGAUUGUACAAAGACUUUCGCGAUUUUAUUGUGUGUCAUUUGAGUUGUUCUUAAAAGUUCCUGUAAGUUUAUCUAAUGGCAGACUCAAAAUUAUAUGAAAUUUUAGGUGUGGGAAGAACUGCAUCAGAUGGUGAAAUCAAGAAGGCAUACCACAAACUGGCCAAAGAGUUCCACCCCGACAAGAACCCUGCAGCUGGAGACAAGUUCAAGGAGAUCUCGUUCGCGUACGAAGUGUUGUCCGACCCGAAGAAGCGCGCCACGUACGACAGACACGGACUCAAAGCGUUGAAGGAAGGCGGUCACGACGGACCGGGCUUCGGCACAGAUGACUUUUUCUCGCAGCUCUUUGGCGGGGGGUUGUUCGGGAUGGGGGGUUUGAGUGGCGGUGGCGUGAGGAACCGCAGGCAUCGUGGGGAAGACACAGUGCACCCUCUCAAGGUUUCUUUAGAAGAUUUAUAUAAUGGAAAAUCUACCCGAUUACAACUCAGUAAAAAUGUGAUAUGUGCCACUUGUAAUGGGAAGGGCUCCAAGUCGGGGGCCCCCCACGCCUGCCGGGCGUGCAGGGGCAGCGGCAUGCGGGUCACGUUCCGCCAGCUCGGGCCAGGGCUGACGCAGCAGAUGCAGUCGCAGUGUCGCGACUGCGCGGGAGAAGGUGAAGUAAUUCAUGAUAAGGACCGCUGCCCAAAGUGUCAUGGAAAGAAAGUGAUCAAUGAAACUAAGAUACUUGAGGUCCACGUUGACAAGGGCAUGCGAGAAGGCCAAAAGAUAUUCUUCAGGGGUGAAGGAGACCAGCAGCCAGACAUUGAACCGGGCGAUGUAGUUAUCGUUCUGCACCAGAAGCCUCACGAGAAGUACAAGCGAUCUGGAAAUGACCUCGUCAUGUCUCACACAGUCACGCUCACUGAAGCCCUGUGCGGGUUUGAGAUGGUGCUGAAGCAUUUGGAUGGCCGUGAGCUGUUGAUCAAACAUCCUUGUGGGAAAGUCAUUAAGCCAGGUGACCUGAAAGGCAUAGAGGGGGAAGGAAUGCCUCACUAUAGAAACCCAUUUGAAAAAGGAGACUUGUACAUUAAGUUUGACGUCAAGUUCCCUGAAAAUGCUAAAGAUAUCAAACUUAAGGAGCUGGAGCUGCUGUUCCCCACGAGGGCGGCCCUGGUGAAGCCCGAGGACCACGAGGACGUGGACAUGAGCGAGUACGACCCCAACGACCACGGCGCCGGCGGCUCCGGCCGGCAGGAGGCGUACGUCAGCGACGACGAGCACUCGGGCGGCCCGGGCGGCAUCCAGUGCGCCCACCAAUGAUGGCGCGACCCACUGGACCCGGUGCACUCUGAGUUUCCUUCCUUUGUGUUUUAAACAAGAAGUCUAACUUCUGUGUCUCCGUUGAGUAUGUGUUGACAGGAAUGGAAUAUCGGCUACAAUGUGCAAAAAAAAUUUUUUUCCCCUAAAGGUGUACCUUUAUCAAAAAAUGGAUUUUCGCCCCCAUUGAUGUGUUUUAGGAAAGAAAUGUGCAUUUUGCACGUAAAACUUUUUUUUUUAUUAUUUAAUACAAUAAAUUCGAGUUAAACAGGUUCAAUAGCAAUGUAAAUAGUUUUUUUCGACCUUGCAUUGCUGACGGGCACCAACCUUGGAAGUGUUGCUGGCCAGAAGUGAAGGCAAAUUAAUUGUGCUGGCAUACACGCGAUAAAAUUUUGAACUAUGUGGGAGUCCAUUUUUUAAAUUAAAGCUGUAAAAAAAAUAUGAAUACAAAUUAAACAACCGUUCUGGUUAUCAAAAGGUUAAGUCGGGUUCUUGAGACUUUGUAUUUUUUCUUCUUCUCCUCCCUUUUUCCUCGUACGUGCACGUAUUGGUAACUCAAAGUAUAGCUACGCACGACUGUGUUAGUGUAAAGAACAGGAAAAUUGUAGUUUGUAAUAUUUAAGCACUCAAGUGCUUCAAAAAUGCUGAAGGUUCUGUUUAUUGAAAAGUGUGUUCAGUGAAAUUGAAGGUGUUAAGAUAAGCUCAACCUUAUUUGGGAAACACUUACUUGUUUAUAUUAUUAAAAAAAUGGUUACUGAGAGUUUCGAAGGGUUUUUAACUUUUUUUUUUGUUAUUUGUUUUGCAUAAUAUUAUUUUUUUCUUUUAUUUGGCUUACUUUAGAAUUUUUUAUAUUUAGAAUUCAGUUUUAUUGCACUUUUACCAAAUCAUAUUGAUUGUCUUUUAUUUACACGUAAUCGUGAAAUUAAUUUCAGUUGAUAAUUUUUUUUUCAUCUAAUCAAGUUAAAAUAUUUAAACUUCUGAUUUUGGCUGAUAGUCUUUUUGAAGGGUAAAGUAAUGUUAAUGAAUGUAUUAAUGCUUGUUAACCACAGAGGUUACUUUAGGAAUGCAAUCAUUUUAAAGUGUACGAAGAAAAACAUUUUAAAAAUGUUCAGCUAAAUAGUAAAAAAAAAUUCAACCAGUAAAAUUAUAAUCAUGUUUUCCAUUUUUUUCUUGCUGUGGGUCUCUGUUCUGUGUUAUUUACUUCCAUUUCAUAUUUUUAUACACAGUCUUAUUUAUUUCCUCUUGUGUUCAUUCAUUAGUUCCUGAAGUUUGUGGAUUGGCACAUCAGGCCUGAUAAUAGAAUAUGGAAUGUAAUUUUUAAGUAAAUUAUACUAUUUUGAAGGAAUCAUAUAGACAGUGAUUUAUGUGCUAGUAAAGAGAAAGGUGACUUGUGCAAUACUGCUUCUGUAUGAGCACAGGCAAAGGAACACACUUGUAGUAAGCACACUAAGUAAAACAAAAACAGCUUCAAGAGUUAUUUUUUGGUUUAAUUUAUUUGGUAGUUUUUUCAUUGAAACACUGGGUCAAAGAGAUUUUUGCGCAGUCUUUAAAUGGGUUGUUAAUAAAAAUGCAUAAUGGUUAAAAUAUUGUUGAAGUGGAUGUUGAACGAAAAAAAGGUGGCUAUAAUGCAAUUAAAAUCAUUUGCCGUGCUAUUGAGCAUGUGCAAAUUUGUACAAGUAUCUACUGCUUUCCAAAACAGCAUUUUUCUUAUUCAGAAACCAGAUACAUGCUACUUUUUUUUAUGGUGUGAUAAUAUGAUGUGGUUCAUGCAUUUGAAUUUAUGUACUUAUUUGUGUGAUAUUUGUGACUUUUUUGUGGGAUUCUCAUAACUUCUGAAAAUAUAUGAUUGUAAGAUUUGACACCAUAAAGGGAAAGAACUGUUAGAGAAUUGAAUAAAAGUUUAAGUCCCUUCAAAA